AUGUUGAGAACCACUUUUUUGCGCACUCCAAGACAAUUGAUGCGUAAAUCGCCAAGGGCGUCUUUCUCAAUCGUCACUAGGGCCGCCUUUCCUCACCUAAAGAACAAUCAAGAUGAAGCUGAGAAAAAAGAACAGGGUUUGUUUGAUAGCAACAAGAAGAGGUUGGACACUUUGGAACACGGCAAGAAUCCAGAUUAUAAGCAACCUGGAAUGGAAGAUUUGAAAAAAAAGGGAGAUGACGCUAGAAUCGAACAAAACAGGCCAGAUGACGGUGUUUAUUAA